AUGGAGGUGGUGACUGCGCUGGCCAAUGCGGAGGUUCCUGAGACUAGGACCGUAGUGACGGGCUCGGCCGAGGCUGCGGACAGGUCUGAUUCUGAUAGGGCGUCCAAGUGGGCGCGUAAGAAAGAGAAGAUGCUUUGUUACCGAUGUGGCGAGAAGGGCCACUUUAUUGCUGAUGCGAGGGAGAUCCCAGAGGAGGCCCAGAGCUUGACCACUGGGGUUGUGAAAGUAACCGAAGGUGAGGUCUCUGAGAAUCAGAUUGUGCAGAGGCUCAAGGAGUUAGCUCCUGGUGACUUCCAGUGGGACCUUGUUAGUAUCGAGGCCAAUAUGUUUAAGGUGGAUUUUCCUUCUGUUGAAGAUUGGCAGAGGGUUCUGAGCUUUGGGUUGUGUAGAGUGCCUGGCACUGAGUGCAUCCUGGAGUUCCAUGAGUGGAGGAGGGUUGAGCCUCAGGUCCCCCUUUUCGAAAAAAAGAGCCCUGCUUCCACCGUGAGCAGGUAUGCAUCUACUCCGACGCCGAGCAGCUGCCCCAGCUCCUCCAUCUCCACAGGCUGCAGCACGCCUGCCACCUCAAGCCCCUUCGCCGUCGCAGCAAAAAGCCGCGCCGUGAUCCAGUGCAUAAUUCCAGCCGUCAUGAUCCAGUACAUGGCCGGACGUGCCGGUGAUCACAAGCCGGCGCUAGCAGCCACAGGCACACCUGACUUCACACAGAGAAAGAAGCUUCAGCAGCAUCAGGAUCUUCUUGAAUCAGCAGCGAAGUUCCCUAAGCAAGAAAUCAAUGGCUGGGAGCAUCCAGACCUCUGUUCACCAUCAAAGCUGCUCAAGAACGUAAGUACUUCCAUCAGGGAGAUCAGUCGCUGGGCAAGAUCUUCAACGGGGUCAAAGGUGAACUCAGAUAUCCGGCUCUUGGAUUCUGUAUUUUCUUUGAUACAAGUGGUAACUUCGACAGCACCACACCCAGAUCACGUCGUCGCCAUGAUACGAGUCCACGAAGCGCUUGCUAGCCUGUUGUUGGUCCUGCCCAAGAAUAUAUUCCUUUUCCUGUUGCAACAUUUCGCUCAGUUUGGAAACGCACUGCAUAAUUUGCGAAGAAGCAUAAGGAGUGGUCUUCAGGUACUCAAAAACAUGAUCUUGGACUAUACAUCUGACGUAGUCCCCCAAGGUGGUGGUAUCCAUGAGAUCACCAAAUACUUGUUGAAAUACAUCAUUUCACUGCUGGACAAUGGCAGAUCUCUCAAAAUCAUACUUGUCAGCGAUGAACAGGAUGGCAUGGUUGCAAUGGAGACGCUGCAAGAUGUUGUUGCUACCUUGAUCUGUCACUUGGAAAUUAUGCUUCAGAAAGAAUCUCAUCGCUAUAAAGAUGCAGGGUUAAAACAAAUGUUCAUGGUGAAUAACGUGAACUUUGUGCUGCAUCAAGUAGAAGGCUCAGAGACAAGGUAUCUUCUAGGAGAGGAUUGGGUUCUGCAGCACCGAGACCAACUGAAGGACCACAUCUCACGGUUCAUCAACAUUUCUUGGGAAUCCGUCAUGUAUUGCUUCCAUGUAAAGACCAACAAAAUCCCAAUCUUUUCUAGCCUACCAACACUGCAAAUAUUUAACCUGGAAUUUGAGAAAACUUACUGGACUCAGAAGACAUGGAAAGUUGAAAAUCCUCUGCUCCGUUCCAAUAUGCGUAAAUCAGUAUCAGAGAAGCUUGUUCAGGCUUACAGUACAUACCAUGAGAAUCACAAAAACAAAGCCCCAAAGCUUAUGAAGUACACCCCUGAAGAUCUUGAAGAGCUGCUGUCAGAUCUGUGUGAAGGAUAAUGAGCAUAGCUAAAAAGAGGACAAAGCACAGAUGCAUGUGACAAUAC